ACUUGGGAAGACGAACCUUUCAGAGCGUCUGAAGCUAACCAACUGCUCUGACAUCAGUGGACCUCCAACUUCUGUCUUGUGUCAGCAGUGUAUCAAGGCUGGAUGUGGAUGGAACAUAAACACCUGUUCAUGGUCUAAUGAAGGAGUGGAUAAUGACAGUGUUUGUCAGAAGUUGGAGCCUGGGAUGAACUUUUCUAAGCCAGAAAUCUCCUCCAUCUCUCCCAGUGUUGUGUCUUUCUACGGUAGAAACCAUGCCUUGUUGUCAGGUCAGAACCUCAUUAAUGUGACCAGAGUGAGGAUCCAGACAGACCUGGACUGUACUCCACAAGAAUCUCCUGUAUGGAACAAGACUGGUGUGAGUCUGACGUUCCACAUUCCCACUACAGAAAAGAAAGGUUUUGUCAAAGCAUGUGUUCUACUGCCAGAUGGCAGUUGCCACGGCAACGCUUUAAUCACCUAUCGAUCAACACCAUCCUGCACUGACAUUGUACCAAGCAGCACUUGGGCCAGUGGGAAGAGGAAGGUCACACUCAUGGGGUCCCACUUGGAGUUUGUGGAAGGAAUCACACACAGCCACGGACAGACGGAAGUCCAACUUCCCACAACCAGCAGCAGUCAGAAACUCUCCUACGACACACCUGCAGCUUUAAACCCUCAGACGACUUCUAGCAGCACUGUGUAUUUGAAAGUAGCCAAUCAAUCCUUGGCCUGCUCCACAAAAAUAACUUACUAUCCAGACCCUGUAUGA